UCUAGUCGUGGCUUUUCCAAACCCUCCGAGGAGAGCGGGAUCUUUCGGUCCUUCCUGUAUUUCCGACCAUUACAGGAUCUAGAAAUGUCGACGACGCUUUUAUCUGCCUUCUACGACAUUGACUUCUUGUGCAAGACGGAGAAGUCCCUGACCAACCUCAGCAGCAUGCUGGACAAGAAGGCCGUGGGGACCCCGGUGACCCCCCCCAGCUCCAGCUUCGCACCGGGCUUCCUGCGGCGGCACUCCACCAGCAACCUGCCGGCGCUGGCCGGCGGCUCCAAGUUCCCCAGUCCCACCGGCUCCAGCUCUUCCUCCACCUCCUCCUCGUCCUCCUCCUCCUCCUCGUUCGGCAGCCUGAAGGAGACGAGCUCCGGCGGAGGCGGCGGCAGCAGCAGCCCCACGGCCUUGCUCAACAAGGAGAACAAGUUCCGGGACCGCUCCUUCAGCGAGAACGGCGAGCGCAGCCAGCACCUCAUGCAGCAGCUGCAGCAGCAGCAGCAGGCGGCGGCCGGCAAGGGGGGCGGCUCCGGCGGCGGCGGCGGGGCCCCCAUCAACUCGACGCGCUACAAGACGGAGCUGUGCCGCCCCUUCGAGGAGAGCGGCGCCUGCAAGUACGGCGAGAAGUGCCAGUUCGCCCACGGCUUCCACGAGCUGCGCAGCCUCACCCGCCACCCCAAGUACAAGACCGAGCUCUGCCGCACCUUCCACACCAUCGGCUUCUGCCCCUACGGGCCGCGCUGCCACUUCAUCCACAACGCCGACGAGCGCCGCCCGGCGCCCGGCGGGGGCACGGCCGCCCCCCCCGCCGCCGCCGCCGCGGGGCCGCACCACCACCCGCACCACCCGCCCCCGCACCCCGCCGGCAGCACCGGCGACCUCCGCGCCUUCGCCCCCCGCGACCACCCGCUGGGCGGCGGCGGCUUCGGGCACCCGCGCGGCGGCGGCGGCGAGCGGCCCAAGCUGCACCACAGCCUGAGCUUCUCCGGCUUCUCCGCCCACCACCACCACCACCACCCGCACCCCCACGGCGCCGCCCCGCCGCCGCCCGGCGGCCGCCUGGACGCCGCGCUGCUGGAGAGCCCCGGCGGGUCGCGCACGCCGCCGCCGCCCGCCUCCGCCUCGUACUGCGAGGAGCUGCUCUCGCCGCCCUGCGCCAACAACGCCUUCGCCUUCUCGGGGCAGGAGCUGGGCAGCCUCAUCGCCCCGCUCGCCCUGCACACCCAGAACUUCGCCGCGGCCGCCGCCGCAGCCGCCGCCGCCGCCGCCUACUACCGCUGCCAGCAGCAGCCGCCGCCGCCCGGAGGGGGCUGCCCGCCGCCCCCCGCCUCGCCGCCCUUCAGCUUCCAGCCCCUCCGCCGCCUCUCCGAGUCGCCCGUCUUCGACGCGCCGCCCAGCCCCCCGGACUCCCUCUCCGACCGGGAGAGCUACCUGAGCGGCUCGCUCAGCUCCGGCUCCCUCAGCGGCUCCGAGUCGCCCAGCCUGGACUCGGGCCGCCGCCUGCCCAUCUUCAGCCGCCUCUCCAUCUCCGACGACUAGGGGGGGGGCGGGCUGCCGCGCCCGGCCCCGCGGCUGCCCACCAAGUAAGUUACCGAGCGAAGAAAGUGAAUCCUUUUCUUUUUUUUUUUUUUAUAUAUACUUAUCUAUCUAUAUAUACACCGAGAGCUGAACAAAACAAAAAAAAAAAAGCAUUUUGCAAAAGGGCAAAUGACAUGAACAAACCUAUUUUUAUAGAGAGACCUUGGAAGAAGGGGAUUUUCGUUUUGGGGUUUUUUUUUUUGUUGUUCUUUGGAGACAAGUUAUGAUAUGCACCAGCAGCAGCCAUUCCAUCUGUGUUCAGAAAAAAAAAAAAGCAUUAGCAAAGGCACCACCAGAAAGCAACAAACAAUCCGGGGAGCGCGCAUCCUGCCUGUCCAGCUCCUCCAAACCUUCAGACACACACAAAAAAGUUACAAACUACUUUGUCUCUCAAUCCAGUUCAAAUAAAAACACAGAACGUACUAAACCUAUAAGCUUUUUUUAAAAAAAAGAAAAAUCCAACAUCCUGCCAAGAAUAUGCCUUGAUAACAACUUUUUUUAUAUAUCUAUAUAUUAUUAUUAUAACAAAUGCUAAAACCUUCAUUCCAAAGUUUUAAUAUUGGUUCCAUUGCCACCACUUAGUGGAUGUUUGGCUUAGAACAAUUUUUUUGGUUGUUGUUGCUUUAUUUGGAAGCACUCAACUGAGUUUAGUUUGUAAUUGUUGGAGAAUAACUGCUGAUUUUUUUUUUAAUUUUUUUUAGCUGUUUGAGUUGAUUGCGUGAAUGAGUCACUGCACACAACUCAAUAUGAAACUAUUUAACUUAUUUAUUAUCUUGUGAAAAGUAUACAUUGGUAAUUUGUUCAUACUGUAUUUAUCGGGUAUGAUGAAAAGCAAUAGAUAUAUAUUCUUUUAUUAUGUUUAAAUUAUGAUUGCCAUUAUUAAUCGGCGAAAUGUGGAGUGUGUUCUUUUCACAGUAAUAUAUGCCUUUUUGUAACUUCACUUGGUUAUUUUAUUGUAAAUGAGUAAAAUUCUUAAUUUAAGA